AAUCAUCGCGAUCACAAAUCACAAUUAUUCACGACAUCAGUACAUUUCCUAAUAUUUAAUAAGAAUAAUAAUUUAUAAUAUUAAUAUUUAAUUCUGUAUUAACUAUUAAUUAUUAUUAUUUAUUGUUAUUUGUUUGUAUUUUGCUAUCUGUUACUAAAUAUGAUACUAAAUAACAUGUUAAUCGACUAUACAAUUUAAACAACGUGUACCAAUCAUAAAUUAUUUUAAUUGCCGCAAACUUACAUUAAAUUAACCUAUUACAGGAUGUCUGGGUUAUAAAUUACUAACUGUAGUUGAGAGUUUUUAUCCAUUUUAAAUUACUAUGGUAGAGAGUAUUCAGACAAAUUGAAACGUUCCUUGAUUAACAAUAAUUUAAAAAAAAAAAGAUAUUUUCCUAUUUUAAAUUAGCUUAAAGAAAUUAGUGUACUUAUUGGUUUGUUUAAGUUGAAUUUAAGCUUGACAAUAUUUAGUUGAUAUGGAAGGCCUUAACAAUGGUUUAAAUAGUUGUAGAAAAGUAGCAUUAAUCACAGGAAUCACUGGUCAGGAUGGAUCAUACCUAGCUGAGUUGUUGCUAGAUAAAGGAUAUGAAGUUCAUGGUAUUAUUCGGCGUUCGAGCACAUUCAACACGGGUCGCAUUGAACAUCUCUACUUAGAUCCUAAAUCACAUAUGGAAGGUAAAAUGAAACUUCAUUAUGGUGACAUGACCGACAGUAGUUGUCUAGUGAGAAUUAUAGGAAUAGUGAAACCUACUGAAGUGUAUAAUUUAGCAGCUCAAAGUCAUGUUAAGGUUUCAUUUGAACUAAGUGAAUAUACAGCUGAAGUAGAUGGAGUUGGAACUCUCAGGUUACUAGACGCCAUUAGAGCAUGUCAACUAGAAAACAGUGUACGUUUUUAUCAAGCUUCUACAUCAGAGUUGUAUGGAAAAGUUGUUGAAAUACCUCAAAAAGAAACUACUCCAUUUUACCCUAGAUCUCCUUAUGCAUGUGCCAAAUUAUAUGCUUAUUGGAUUGUGACAAACUAUCGAGAAGCAUAUAAUAUGUAUGCUUGCAAUGGAAUUCUGUUCAACCAUGAGAGUCCAAGGAGAGGGGAAAACUUUGUUACUAGAAAAAUUACCAGAUCGGUAGCAAAAAUAGCACUUGGUUCAUUGGAUUGUAUACAACUAGGAAACUUAGACUCUAAACGUGACUGGGGUCAUGCCAAAGAUUAUGUUGAAGCAAUGUGGUUAAUGUUACAACAGAAUGUACCUCAAGAUUUUGUGAUUGCUACUGGUGAAAUGCACAGUAUUAGAGAGUUUGUAGAAAAAUCAUUCAAGCACAUUGGUAAAACAAUUAUUUGGGAAGGAACAGGGUUGAACGAAGUGGGAAAAGAAGAAUCUACCAAUGUCAUACGUGUGAAAGUGAAUGCUAAAUAUUUUCGUCCGACCGAAGUUGAACUCCUGUUGGGCGACGCCACCAAAGCCAAAACUGUACUCGGAUGGGUCCCCAAAGUGAAUUUCGAGCAACUGGUCUACGAUAUGAUGGAAGCCGAUUUGGCGCUCAUGAAGAAAAACCCGUCGGCUUAAACUUCCUCGCCCGUGCAAUACCUAUUUUAUAUUGUGUUAAACUGUUUAUAGACUAUAGUCUAUAACCCUUGACUUAAUGUGUGUAUUUGAUUCAUUGGUGGUUUAUUAUUAUUGGAUAUAUCAUAUGUAUAUAUAUUUUUUUUUGGGAACCACAACAGUCUAUUAUUUUGCACAUGAUAAUUAUUCGUACGUAUAUAUUAUAUAAUUUUUAUAGUCUGGACUGAGUUUGUCUUUGAAUGCUCCAGGGUGGGCGGCACACGUUCUAUUAUAUACAGAGGCCUUCAGCGUGUAAUACACGGGUAUAGCAUAUACCUACGAAACCUCGAGUUAUAUAAAUAUUGUGAACAGAUUUUAUGUGUUAACUUCCUGUGGUGUUUGACUCUACGCCGCCUUUUGUUGAUUAUAUUUAUUUAUUUAUUUUUAUUAUUUUUUAAGAUAAAUUUUUACACAUACUAAACGUGUGUCGAUUGUAAAAAACUAAAAAAACACGCCUAGUUAUUGCAUUUUGUGCGUUGGUGGUUGGUGCAUUUAUUUUGUAUUUAAUUGUACGCCAACGGUUUGAUAAUUUUGUAUUUUAUAAUUAUUUUAAAGUUUAAACAAUCCAGUAUCAAUUUAUGGAUAUACAAGCCAGUAACUGGUAGUUUUCCAGAACUUUUUUAAAAAUUAGAAAAUUUUUAGCAGUAAAUAUUGACUGUAUUUUAGGUAUGGUCUUGUAUUUAUAUAGAUAGGCAAUAAGUACCUAUUUAUUGCGAUUUUUAGUUUAAAGUACUUGAAAAUUAAUAAUUAAUUAAGUACCUACUGCAGUAGUUUUUAUAUUAUAAUAAUAUAAUUAUACUAUAAUAUUAUGUGUGGCACGAACCCAAAGAUAUACCUAGUAUGUGCCGUAUAAUAAUAUAUUAUCAGAAAGAUUUUUUUUUUAUCACUUAUAUUUUAUCUUUUAUUAUUAUUUUUAAUUAAUGUUUUUUUUUGUUUUUUUCAGUUACCAUUUUAUUUUAUUAUAUUAUAAGAAAAUUAAUAUCUACUGUAAAAAAAAAAUGUAGAAAAUAUAGUGCAUUCCAUAACA